CUAACCGAAGAGAAACAAGAAACCGUAACAGCAUAGUUCCCGUUUCAUUGUGAACGCGAUUGCCGAAUGUGCAUGGGUAUACGACACAUUCUCUCAAUUCUCCAUAGAUAAUGAAAUCAAAAAAUAAUGCCAGCCGCCUUUCGCUGCUUCAAUGUGGGCCCAAUACUAGUAUGAAGAUUAAGGUCUUGGUCUGUACAGCCAACAUGGGUAAUGAAGAACCUAACGAAGAAUCGAUCAGUGAGUGGAUACCGAAAAGUGGUGCUACAAACUUGGUGCUACAGAACCAAGAAUACCCUAUCAAGGCGAAGCAUGGCACAAGCACAAACAAAAUGAUCGUCGACGAGACCAAAGGAGCCAAUGAAGGUGACGACAACGACGACGCAAAGUUCCACAUAAUUGCAAUUGGAAUGCAAGAAGCAACGUUUGAGCUGAGAGAGGCAACAAAAUCGCUGAAAGGAAAAUUCCAAAAAGUUACAAAUGCUGUGGAGCAAGUAACCAAAGAUCAGGAUCACAACAGUCAGGGAAGGCCAUCGAGCGCAAAAUUCAAGGAACUUAUAUCGCCCCUGUACGAUAGAGACUCUUCCUUGAGGGAGAAGGAGGAAGAGCUUAAAAGCGAUUUAGACGGUGGAAAAGUGCAAGCUGAUACGGAAUUUUUGCAUCAAAUGUUGGGCAAUCAUUUACCUGGCUAUACUCGAGCCGUAUCGUAUCAGCGUGGGCAGAUGAGACUCAUGAUUUUCUACGAUGAUGACGAGAUUUCUUUGGAUGUUCUCAGUGUCAAAGCGCAGAAUACCGGUAGGGCUGGCCUUGCCAACAAGGGUGGCAUUGUGGCCGAAUGCGAAAUUGAUUCGGGUACAAGAAUCUCGUUUUUGACCGCACAUCUAGAAGCCCAUGAGGGUUUGUCGAAAUACAACACGAGGUGUUCAACCAUCGGAGAUAUUUUGAAGGGCACGGCAUCCUCGCUCCUCGAUUCAUAUUGUUGUGACGUUUCCAUGACUAGUCAUUUUAUGUUCGCUAUGGGUGAUCUAAAUUUUCGCACCAGGCUGCCGAAUCACGCAAUAGGAUCGGAUGAGCACUUGAAAGAGGCGCACAAGCUAGCAGAAAUGAAGGACUGGGAUGCUUUGAACAAAUAUGAUGAGUUGUCUUUUGCUUUAAGAGAAAAAGAAUGCUUCGUUGGUUUCUCGACUCCGCGAUGUGAUUUCCCUCCCACUUUUAAGGUGGACAGGAAAGAUGGUUACAGCUAUGUUUCGAAACGGUCCCCAUCUUACACCGAUCGAAUAUUGUACAAAGCAAAUCAUCGUCUAGCGCCAAUGAUCGACCUUCUGGCAUAUGGACCUAUCGAUCGUUUUACAACAUCCGAUCACAAACCUGUUCGUGGUGCAUACGAAAUUCAGCUGAACCAAAAAUUAAAGUCCAGGCCAAUACUGACAAAAAGGUAUAAGAAAAGCAUGGCACUCAUUAGUAGUACCUCGGCCCUAGUGAGAAAAGUCAAGAAGUUAUCCACCAGUAAACAGAAACGUGCGAAAAUGGCGAAGCAGAAAUCCAACCAAGUGCAUAGUGAAAAGUUCCACAUGUUUUUGUCGUCGAUCAGUUGUGAAAUCGCUCAAGACGAUUCGACUUCGUCUCAUCCCCCUAGUCCGCGCGUGACGCUCGUUUCUACACCGACCGAUGCGAUGACGUCGGAAAACAAGAUGAAUAGGUUUAAGGUCUGGUAUCAAAAAAGUGCGGGUAGAUUUCGCGCUCAAAGUGUAUCCAAAUGGCCACAAACAACAACGAUUGGAAACACUUAUUGUCCCAGGUGGGACAAAGAAAUCGCCAUCGCGAUCCAGACGCAUUUGGACUGUGGAUCUCCGGUCGAUUUGACGGGCGCCAUGCUACAUAUCUUGGUACACGAUGCGAGAGAUUUCGUUACUUUAAUAGGAUCUUGUACCUUGAAUUUGGCAUCGCUGAUAACUUCUUCCGACAACGAGAAACGAGAAUCUAAUUCUUCUAACAAUACUUUCGGAGGAUAUAAUUCACCAUCGUUCAAGGAGCGAUUAAAGCGAAUGAGCGAAUCUGUUAUGAAAAUAACAGAAGCUUCUCUUUUCACUCUGAGCGAACGUAGCUCAAAAGAAAUGAGAGGACGAACCAGCUCGGUUACAUUCUCUCCACGGAGCUCAGAAAAGGCAUCCUCUGCAAUUGGAUUAGCCGACAGCUACGCUGAAAUUGUACCUUUACACCACGUCUUCGACGAGGCUCUAUUAAAAAACGGCAAAGAGGUCGGUAGGAUCAAGUUCAAAGUUGACACAUGGUGGUUGAACGAUGGUGAUUUCGCUCAUCUUCCAGCGAGAAGCAUGCGCUGAUGAAUCAGACUACUGAUUGCAAGAGUUGUGAACGCUGGCAAUAUUGUUGUUGGCUGAAUGAUCUCCCCGCAGCCAAGUGUGGAACUGCUGUGUAGGGACAAUGCAGAUGGACAGUGCAACAUUGUUCAUGUUUCCUUCUCAAAGAUUCGUCGUACGACCGGGCGGUCCUCAAAAUCAUGCCUGUUUCCCAAAUCCAUGCUCUUCGACUACUUGAUAGCACACGCUCGAGCUUAACUUGUAUUAAAUGUCAAACGAUGUUCCGAUGACUUCUUCGUCCAAUUUGAUUGCAGUUGCUUCCACAAUGACUUGUAUCUAGAAAAUGCGACCCGAAUACUGUGUGGCGUAUAGAAAUUAUAGGAACGGCCUUGGCUUUCGCGCGUGGAUUCGGUGCAGUUGCAGCUCGUUGGUUCCUUGAUUUCCCAUCGCAUCGAACAGUCUUGGUCGUGGUGGUGUGCAGGUGGGGCUUCCCGUGCGGGGAGGAAAGGAGCCUUCGCCCGCCACCGAACCAACCAACCCACCAAACCCACGCAACGAACGAGCGAGCGAGCCGGCCCGAGAGCCCGCGGGCUUCGGCCCAAGGAGCGAGCGGAAGCACCCCUGCCGCUUCGCACCGCCACCGGCGCCCUUUCUCGGCUCGGCUCGGCUCGGCUCGGCUCGGCUCGGCUUUCCCCGGUCGCUUCCGUGGGAGGGGACUCCCGCCUUGCCUCGUGAAAGAAACCCCCUUGUCCGACCCGCCGUGGGAAUACUCGAAAGGGGUUCGUUCGUUCGUUCGUUCGUUUGUUUUGUUUUCUUCCGGCAGCCCGCCGCUUCCGCCAGAGGGAUGCAUCCUUCUUCCCCCGCCCGGGCAGACCGCCGCGUCCGGCUCUGGGACCACCCGCGGGCCGGGGGCAGUGGUGGUGCUUGCUGCUGCUGCUGCUGCUGCUGCUCGUGGUGCUGCCGGUGCGGCUGUUCUCGAUGCGCUGGUCGGGUCGGGUCGGGUCGGGUCG